UUUUUUUUUCUCGCUCCUCACACAACGAGGCUCUUUAAGCCCCGGCGCGCGACACAGAGCAGGCAUUCAGAGCGCGAGCGAGGGGGCUGAACCGACGGACUCUCGCGCUGGGCGGGCGACCUGCUUCAGUGCUGUUUUUCAGCAGAUCUAUAGGCUAUCCUGAGAAAGACGGCGGAUGGAUUCAUUCUGAAAUGAACUGAGAUCGUGUAAAAAUUAAGCGAGUUAACGUUCCAUUGGAGGACUUAAAGUAAAUAAUAAUAUAUAUAAUAUUUUAAAAAGCAUUGGCAACUGAUUUUAGUGAAUAAACUUAAAAACCAGAGGCCCUGCCAGAACAACUAGACCUUCCGCAGACAGCUGUGGCCGCAGAGCGAGGACCGAUGUCGGCGGAGGAGCACAGUAUGUCCGAGGUGGAAAUGAGUCCCGGGGUCUCGGACGACGGUCACUCCAUGUCCCCCGGACACUCGUCCGGUGCUCCCGGCGGGGCGGACUCCCCUCUUCCCGGUCAGGUGUCUCAGAUGCCGGGCGUCGGUGAUGAUGCGGCCGGGGUCUCGGUGAAGUCCGAUGAAGAUGACGACCGUUUCCCGAUCGGGAUCCGUGAGGCGGUCAGUCAGGUGCUCAACGGUUACGACUGGACGCUCGUACCCAUGCCCGUGCGCGUGAACUCGGGCAGUAAGAACAAGCCGCACGUGAAGCGGCCGAUGAACGCAUUCAUGGUGUGGGCGCAGGCCGCGCGCAGGAAACUGGCGGAUCAAUAUCCGCACCUGCACAACGCCGAGCUCAGCAAAACCCUCGGAAAACUCUGGAGGCUGCUGAACGAGUCAGAUAAGAGGCCAUUUAUCGAGGAAGCUGAGCGUUUGAGGAAGCAGCAUAAGAAAGAUUAUCCCGAGUACAAGUACCAGCCACGUAGACGCAAGAACGGCAAACCGGGAUCCAGCUCUGAGGGUGACGCCCACUCUGAGGGCGAGGUCAGUCACAGCCAAUCGCAUUACAAAAGUCUGCAUCUGGAGGUGGCUCAUGGCGGAGCCGCAGGAUCACCAUUGGGCGACGGACACCACCCUCACACUACAGGUCAGAGUCACAGCCCUCCGACGCCCCCUACUACUCCUAAAACAGAAUUGCAGGGUGGUAAAUCUGGUGAGGGCAAGCGUGAGGGCGGAGCCUCCAGGAGCGGUUUGGGGGUGGGAGCAGAUGGAAGCUCUGCCUCCUCAUCGGCCAGUGGAAAACCGCACAUCGACUUUGGAAACGUGGACAUUGGCGAGAUCAGCCAUGAGGUGAUGGCCAACAUGGAGCCGUUUGAUGUGAACGAGUUCGACCAGUACCUGCCGCCCAACGGCCACCCGCAGUCAUCGAGUGGCACAAGCGCUGGGUCUUCGGCUUCACCGUACACUUACGGCAUCUCCAGUGCGUUGGCAGCCGCUAGCGGUCACUCCACCGCCUGGCUUUCCAAGCAGCAGCUGCCGUCCCAGCAGCACUUGGGAUCAGAUGGCGGGAAGACGCAGAUUAAGAGCGAGACGCACUUCUCCAGUGAUGCAGCGGCGAGCGGGUCACAUGUCACAUACCUGCCACACUACAGCGCUGCCUUCCCCUCGCUGGCGUCCCGCGCGCAGUUCGCCGAAUACGCUGAGCACCAGGCGUCCGGCUCGUACUACGCUCACUCUAGCCAGACCUCUGGCCUAUACUCCGCCUUCUCCUACAUGGGCCCUUCGCAGAGGCCCCUGUACACCGCCAUUCCAGACCCCGGCUCCGUGCCGCAGUCACACAGCCCAACACACUGGGAGCAGCCCGUAUACACCACCUUAUCUCGACCAUGACGCGAUGUGCUGGUUUGGUGUCCAGUCGAUGUAGGGUCCAACAAAAGUGUGACUGAAUAUCAUGACAAACGCUCACCUGCACCACAGUCUACACAGACAGGAACCUGAGAGAAACUUGUGUGUGUGGAGAUCUGCAGGGAACAUAUUCUCACAUGCCUCAGGCUGAUAAAACCUUCACAACCGACACAGAUUCACUCAACGCUAGACAAAUUAAAGGAGGAAGAAAUUAAACACCUGUGGUCCCUCAUGAAACAUAUUACCAAAGUUCUGAGACCAAAACAUUAAACAACAUCCAACAAAAAUAGGUGCAGUUUCUGAACUCUUGAGUGGCAGUAACACUCAAACCAAACAUCAGUACCGAAGUCGACCGGCUCAAACACUAGAUCACUCAAACUUCACACACAAACUCACAACUGAUGAUAGUAUCUGGAAAUCCAUGUUGUUGUGGUUUUGUAUGAAUGAAUAAUCUCUUUUUAUUAACCAAAACAAGGCCAUAUUGUUUUUAUCAACAAAUAAUGACGUGUUUUCGUUGUUGUAAUCGUUUCUAUUGUUGUUACUCUAGUUAUUUGUGCUGCCAUAACUACACUGAAAAGUCUUCACCACUGUCUAGUGUUUGUUAAUGACAUUAGUGUUUUAUGACUUUCAGCAUGUGUAAAUAUCAGUGCCAGGACGUGAUAAUUACUCGUCUUUACCUUUUACUCCAAACACAGGCAAUAUUUCAGUCAUCGGAAUUAACCAUUUCCGGUUAAUAAAGACUUUUUUUUUUUUUUUUUUACUUAAGUGCCUCAGUCCAUCAGCAACGGUUUGUCAUCGAGGAUAAAUUCGAAUUAAAUCUCGCAAAUCUAUUUUUUUUUUCAGCGCGCUAAAUUUAUCAGCCGUUAGCCGCUAUGAAUAUUUAAACGCCCACGUGACAAAUAAUCUACAUGAAUUUGAAAGAGCGCGCCGUUUGGUCUUUUUUUUAUUGAAGUAAUGUCGUUUCAGAACAAUGCCAGUCUUAACGUUUAAUAUAUUUUUAAACACCAUUUUAUAAAAAAAGAGAGAAAUAAAAUUUUGCGGCUAAUAAAAACAUGUUUGUUGCAGUCUGUUACUGUAAACGAUGUUUCUCAGAUAGCACACGCACGUCUGCAAGAGGUCUGUUAAAGAUCGCUUCAUCUGGAAAGCAUCUGCUGUGUACAAACAUCUGAUAGAUGUCUUUAAGAUGCCAUUUUUACAUAAUCAUAUGCAUCACUUGUCAUCUGAUAGGAAAGGUCCCAUAGACGUCCUGGAGAUGUAAAUGACAUCUCUGUGAUACCUGUGCUAUCAGGGUUAGUUACUAGAUGUUCUCUUCCCUUUGGUACUGUUAUAGUUUUUGCCCUGUUCUUUAGUAUUAUUCAAAAACAGCAAACAAACAGAAUUCUUGUUGUAUAUUACAUACUAUUAUUUAUAUUUGUUGUUUUGUUCGGUUUUUAUCAGUAGUGUUUUAUUCUGAUGUUGGAAACUGUAAUUUUGUGGUGGGUAAAAGUGUUGUUGUUUUUCUUUAUCAGUGUAAAUAGAAGAGAGCAGUGACUAACUUCCCUCACUUUAAAUAAAGCUGCAGUCUGUUCAAA